ACAAUGUUUAACGCACCGUGCGGUGUCCGGAGUUCAGUCAGUGAGAGGAGGCGCUCUCUGUGCUUCAGCUGCCACUACGUGUUGAAAAUAGUAAGCUUGUAGGUAAAUAGAUACUGAAGACAAAUAAAUCAGUCAAUUUUUUGACAGCCACAGAAAGACAUGUGCCAGUAUGCGCCAUUCUUUCUGACCACCUUGAGGUGACUGCGCGCGGACUUUUGACGGGGACGCACAAGGACAAAAUGCCUCUACGGGGAGCAGGAACUCAGAGAUGAGUCGGACUUGAAAGAAAACCUCCGAUCGUCCUUUAAACACCUGCUUUGGAUCUACAUUGCCACUCGUUGGGAUGUUUUUUUGUUUUCUCCUCUCUUUUCUUCACAAUAGUUUUCCUUCCUGAAGAACGGUGACUCACUGCAGGCAGAAGGAGAGACGCUGCAUCCUAAUCAGACAGCGGAGAGGACUUCAGCUCAUUGACAUUACAGUCAUACUUUGGAGGACUUUUUAUCCCCCCUUCAAUUUGCGCUUCGCCGUACUGUAGCGUGCGUGUGCAUUGGAGGCUUGUGACUAUUUUUGCGCACAGAAAAGGAGGAUGCGGGUGGGAGAAGUGGUGUGAGGAUAAAACUCUCCCUGAACCCCACUGGAACUGACUGUUAUGAUUUUUUUUUCUUUUUUUACUGUCUCCUUUAUCUUGAUUUGAUGGAGGAGUGUCUGAAGGUGGUAUGAUUGAAUACUUACAAUGAGAAUCCUGUUUGGAGACUGGAACACGAUUAUUGUUUAGUUGAGUCUGGGUGCUCAGCUGAAUAUAAAUUAGGUGUUCAGCACCAGAGAUUGCUUGCAGAGGAAGAGAGCAACGAAGCCAAGACAAUCUUCAAAGAUAAAUGCCGAGGCCCCACACGAUGAACGGGACUCUUUAUUUCAACUGGAGAAAUAGAAAUACCAAAUUUUAACAAAACAGCAACAGGUUAACGGAAGUGCAAACCCUGCACACAUAUAAGUAGCUUUUACAGUGUGGAGAUGCAUCUUUCCAUUUUCUUUUUUCUCCUCUUGUGGGCUCAAGCCCAGACACUAAAAAACUUGAAUUACUCGGUCCCGGAGGAACAGGGACCAGGGACAGUGAUUGGGAAUAUUGCCAAAGAUGCCAGGCUUGGACUGGAACAGAUUGGGCAGGGAGGACAGGGUAAGAAAGCCAACUUCAGGGUGCUGGAGAACUCUGCACCUCAUCUCAUUGACGUGGACCCCCAAAGUGGAUUGUUGUACACAAAGCAGCGCAUUGACAGGGAAACGUUGUGUAAAAGAAACCCUAAGUGCCAGCUCUCCAUGGAAGUGUUUGCCAAUGAUAAAGAGAUAUGUAUGAUAAAAAUAGACAUUCAGGACAUCAAUGACAACUCACCUGUUUUCCCCUCGGAUCAGAUUGAUAUUGACAUUUCUGAAAAUGCAGUGCCAGGAACACGGUUUCCCCUGACCAGCGCACAUGACCCAGAUGCUGGGGAAAAUGGCCUAAAAACCUAUCAAAUUACACGUGAUGACUACAACCUCUUUUCCUUAGAGGUAAAAUCUAGAGGGGAUGGGACAAAAUUUCCAGAAUUAGUCAUUCAGCGACCACUGGACCGAGAAGAACGAAGUCAUCACACCCUUAUUUUGUCGGCUACUGACGGUGGGGAAUAUCCUCGGUCUGGCACCAUGCAGAUAAAUGUUAAAGUUAUUGACUCCAAUGACAACAGCCCGGUGUUUGAUCCGCCCUCAUAUGUUGUGGAAAUUCCUGAAAAUUCAACUCCUGGUAAAGUCUUGAUUGAUUUAAAUGCUACUGAUCCUGAUGAGGGAAACAACGGUCAAAUAGUCUACUCUUUUAGUGGUUAUGCCCCCGAGAGAAUCAGAGAACUCUUUUCCAUUGAUUCCAGAACAGGAGUCAUAAAAAUUCAGGGUGAAAUUGACUACGAAGAGAGCCCGGUUAUUGAGAUUGACGUUCAGGCAAAGGAUCUUGGUCCCAAUCCAAUCCCAGGCCAUUGCAAAGUCACAGUUAAAGUGCUUGACAGGAAUGAUAAUUGGCCGUCCAUAGGCUUUGUGUCUGUGCGACAGGGAGCCAUCAGUGAAGCUGCACCCCCAGGCACAGUUAUUGCUCUGGUUCGUGUCACAGACAAGGACUCAGGCAGGAAUGGCCAGCUUCAGUGUAGAGUGCUGGGUAAUGUCCCAUUUAAACUUGAGGAGAACUAUGAUAACUUCUACACUGUGGUGACAGAAAGGCCCCUGGACAGGGAAAUGCAGGAUGAGUACAAUGUCACAAUUGUAGCCAAGGAUAAUGGCAUUCCUCCACUAAAUUCUACAAAAUCUUUCACCGUCAAGAUUCUGGAUGAAAAUGACAAUGUUCCCCGCUUCACCAAAUCAGUAUACAUUCUUCAAAUCUCUGAAAACAACAUUCCUGGAGAGUAUUUAGGUUCGGUUCUGGCACAUGACCCAGACCUUGGCCAGAAUGGGACAGUGUACUACAGUAUUGUUAACUCCAACGUAAGUGGCGGUGACGUCAACACCUAUGUCAACGUCAAUGCAGCAAAUGGAGCCAUUUAUGCUGUAAGAUCUUUUAACUACGAGCAAAUUAAGUAUUUUGAUUUUAAAGUUCUCGCUAAAGAUGCAGGAUCUCCACACCUUGAGAGUAAUGCUACUGUCCGCAUCAGCGUUCAAGAUGUCAACGACAACAUUCCCGUCAUAGUUUUGCCACUCCUUCAAAACGACACAGCUGAAAUCCAUGUCCCGCGAAAUGUUGGUGUUGGCUACAUUGUUACCACCGUGAGAGCAGUGGAUAAUGAUUAUGGUGAGAGUGGGAGGCUCACCUAUGAAAUUUCAGAUGGCAAUGAGGAGCACCUCUUUGAGAUCGACCCAGUUACUGGGGAGGUGCGAACAGCCCAUUCCUUCUGGGAGGACGUAAGCCCUAUUGUGGAGCUAAUAAUCCGAGUGUCGGACCACGGCAAGCCAACACUAACUGCUGCAGCUAGACUCAUUAUUAAGGCUUCCAACGGACGACCUCCUGAUGGACUGCCCCACAUCAAAGACAAUCAGAAUUGGGACACCUCUCUGCCUCUUAUUGUAACUCUAAGCAUCAUAUCUCUCAUGCUUCUGGCUGCCAUGGUGACCAUAGCAAUCAAGUGCAAACGGGAAAACAAGGAAAUACGUACUUAUAACUGUCGCAUUGCUGAGUACUCGCAUCCUCAGCUGGGGAAAGGCAAGAAGAAGAAGAUUAACAAGAACGACAUCAUGCUGGUGCAGAGCGAGGUGGAGGAGCGGGAUGCCAUGAAUGUGAUGAAUGUGGUAAGCAGCCCUUCCUUGGCCACCUCUCCCAUGUACUUUGACUACCAGACACGCCUGCCACUCAGCUCACCAAGGUCAGAGGUCAUGUACCUCAAGCCCACUACCAAUAACCUCAGCGUGCCCCAAGGCCACGUGGGAUGCCACACCAGCUUCACAGGCCCAGUCACCAGCACUACAGACACACCUACUAACCGCAUGUCCAUCAUACAGACGGACAAUUUCCCCACCGAGCCUAAUUACAUGGGCAGCAGACAGCAGUUUGUUCAAAGUAGUUCCACAUUCAAAGACCCGGAGCGAGCGAGUCUUAGAGACAGCGGUCAUGGGGACAGCGACCAGGCUGACAGUGACCAGGACACCAACAAAGGUUCCUGCUGUGAUAUGUCUGCGAAGGAAGCCCUCAAGUUGAAGGCUGUGGGUGUGAAACCACCACCUCUGGAGCAAGAUGAGGAUUGUGUGAAUUGCACAGAAGAGUGCAGAGUACUGGGUCAUUCUGACCGCUGCUGGAUGCCACAGUUCCCUGCUGGUGGAAACCAGGCGGAGGGCAUUGACUACCGCAACAAUAUGUUUGUGCCCGCAGGGAUGGAGACUGUGCCCGAGACUGAGACCUAUGAGGCUGUCAAUCCCAACGGCAAGAAAACAUUCUGCACUUUUGGCAAAGACAGACGUGACCACACCAUCCUUGUUGCAAAUGUCAAGCCCUACCUGAAAGCAAAACGUGCCCUCAGCCCUCUUCUCCAAGAAGUCCCCUCUGCAUCUACCAGUCCCAGCAAGGGCUGCUCGACAAUGUCGCCUUGUUCUUCAGUCAAAAGCCCAGCAGAUGGGGCUGAGGGAAAACCGCCCCCUGCCUCAUGCUCGGGCCACUAUGGGCCUCCCGAUGGUCAGUACCUCUCUCCGACUAAACAAACAAGAGACCAGCUGAUUUACCCAUCCCUACCGCCCUCCGACCCAGUGGCAAAGGUGCUGGCGGAGGCCCGCUCACGAAUCAGUCAGGAGGCAGCAGCUGAGAUGGAGUGCGUCCUAGAGCAGGCGGAGCCAAACGUGAGCCGCGAUGGUAUGGACGCUGACCAGGUGGUCAGGGACAUCGACAAACUAUUGCAGGACUGUAGAGGAAAUGAGGCCACCGGCACGCUCAGGAAGUGAUACGUCAGGCCACAACAAAGGUCAACGUGGAUGCAGAGAGUCGGAAGGGAUGACAUCCCAAGAACUCUCAUGACAAAGACUCACCAAAAUGAAUUGAAAAUGUUGAAUGGCUCUUAACACUGGGGCUCUUUUCACUAUAUUUGUUGUAGAAAACUACCAACACUGGACUGUCAAUACACUUUCGUAUGUCAGCCACCCGGCACCGGUUUUUGUGCUACCCAACCAACUCAAAGGAACUGACUUCUGAAUUUUUUGACUUUUUCUUUUGGAUUUUUAAGCUAAUUGCUGAGGUUUUUACCUCUUGCACCUCGCAAGCUCUUAUCUAAGUGCCCACCAGCUCAUAAUGUGUGUUGUUCAUGGUCUCUCGUGAAAUCCUACAUAUCUAAGUUUGUGUAGGUGGAUUUUUUUGUUAUGUGUGAUGGAUACUGAAACAGAAAGGGAGAAAAAAAAAAGACUUUUUACUGUCAGACGUGACAAUCGAUGUGGAAACAGAAAUACACGAUAAUCUCUUCAGGACACCAAAAAAAAAGAAAAAUGAAAUACACACAGCUAAUUUUUUUCUCAACUUAACACACUUUUAAGUGUUCAGCGUCAACAGGUCCUGUAGCAGAAGAGAUCGGUCAAUCAGGAUUGAGUUUGCAGAAGGUUAAUAUAACAGUGUAACCAUGUUUUACCUGUCAUUUGUAACACGUGUAAACUGUGUCUGUCUCUUACACCUCUAUUUAAAUGUUCAUGUUUCUGAGUAACGUAGUGGCACGCACCAUUUUACACGUGCGCUACUUUGUGCGGAUACAUAUGCUGACCUGCCCAUAAGCACUGACACCCUGCCACACACAAAGACACACACAAGCAACACUUACACACAAUUAACCAUCUGUGAUUUGUCUUAUACAUGUUCAUCAUCAGCUUCUAGUCCCUUGUGUACAGUGAAUUAUCAUGUGUGUGACUAUGCCCGAAGGCAAUCACAAGUUGUAUAAAAAGGGAUAUUUUUCCUCAACUGUGAAAAAGACAUCUAUAUGAUUAUAUAGAUUACUGUAUGUAUGACUCCAUGUAUAGUGUCCAAAUAUUAACAGAAUAUUUAUACAUUUUUUAAGAAAAAAAAAGGGGAAUCUCAGCAAAAUGUGUCCUGGAGUUAAGGUCGUGUGAGUACUAACUCAAAGAACUGCAAAGGACACUGCCAUUCUUUUCAAGACAAAUAUCCAAAAACAUGAAUAAACAAGGAAAUGUCCCUUCACAUUAUCACUAUACAUAAUAUCAUUAUGUGUGUAUAUGUAUCUAUCCAAUUUAGGUGUGUUUACAUAAAAAAAUUGACAUAUUUUUUAUUGAUUUCACUGCAAUUUCUGUGCAUUUGAGCCAAAAUGUUACGUGUACAAAAGCUAUAUUGUGUAUUUUAUUAAAUUAAUAUAUUGUUGUGUUGCAAUAUACAUGGGCUUAUAUUGUAUUUGGCAAAAGUUGCCUUAGUAGCUGUCGAACUCUGUGAGUUUGCUUUAGUUUGGGAUUCUUAUUUUUCUUUUUUUGGUGUUUCCUUUUCCAUCUCUAUUUCUGCAUCUUUGCAGGCUGGCUUCAGUGCUUUUGAGAUGUCGCCUCUUUUUACCCUGAUGCCCCGCUGGAUCAAAGACAAUAACUCCUUAAAGCUUAAUGAGCCAGCUGAUAUAGAAAAAAACAAUUCAAACCAAUAACAAAAAGCAACAAUCGCAAGAAAACGGUCUAAAUAUUUUUACUGAGCAGAUUUUUACAGGGCAGCUAUUUUCUUUAACAGUAACCCGUCAGUGUGUUGUUUUGUUUUGUUUUUCUUUUUUGUUUAUAAUGUUACCUUCUUUCAAAAAAGAACUGAAACCUGCCAUAUGGAAAGCGGAUUGAUUUCCUUGGUGAUCAUAAAAUUGCCUUACUGUCUCUGCAGAGAGCUUGUUGUAUCUGUGGAGCCUUGUGACUGCUUAUAAAACCCUGGUCCACCAGAAUGUGCAUUUUCUAUAAAGGACCAAAAGAGGUUUUGUUCUUUUCAGCAGUCUGUGUUGUUUAUGUGUGUACUACUUCUCAAUACAUGUUAGAAAUCUCAUACUUUGCA